UGCCAGUAUUCCCUCAAUGUUUGCAGACUGUCAUGGUGCCGCCCAACCUGCUGGGUUGCCCACAGACCUUGAUGCAGGGCAUCAUGAAAUUUGGAGACAGGAGCAGCAAUGAUUGGAGAUGCUGUUUCUGCUUCCAUGUUCGAACGGGAACCAUUUUUCUUGGUGUUUGGCAUUUGAUGCUGCAUGUUGUAGCCCUCUCUGCUGUGACUAUCAUUCUGAGAAGCAAUGAUUUGUACACUGAGUGGGACGAGCAAAUUAGUGUGUUGCCCACUCCACUGAGUGAAACUGACACUGGCCGCUGGAUCCGUCUUGAUGGCCUUAGCAGCGAUGCUGAUUUCCGUCAUAGCCAGGAGCCCGUUGCUUUGCCAUCAUCUCCAUUCAAAGAUUCUGUGUUUGAUUCUUCUGACGGCACCCAGUAUCUCAUUCGCCACCGUACUUACAACUACCGCAAAGCUUUGAAGGAUAUGAAUGUUAUUGUGGUCAUGAUGUUCUGCUCAUUUUCCAUUACUCUCCUUAUGGUUUAUGGAGCUGUGAAGGGAAAACCAUCGUACCUGAUGCCAUUCUUUUGCCUGCAAAUGUUCGACUUCUGCCUUACCAGUUUGACUGCUGUUGGUUACUUGUGCUACUUGCCAAACAUGCACCGUUACCUGGCUGAGAAUCCUACUGUUCCAUUCCGUGAACAACUUUUGCGGCUGGAUCCUCAAGUUCUGUCUCUUUUGGUACUUGGUGCAUUUACUGUUGUCAUGCUAAUCAAGUCUUACUUCAUUGGAAUUGUCUGGAGCUACUACAAGUAUCUAACUCUGCGUAUGGUUGCCAAUCGUCGCACUAUCCAUUAUAUUGAGUCUGAGAUUGCAACCAUGUCGCUGUCAGAAUCCCUGCUCGGCACCAUGCCAACAACUGUGGACCUCCCUGACUACGAGACAGCAGUCAAGAAAUUCUCUCCGCCACCGCCAUCCUAUGCUUGUGCCACAGCUAUGGCACAUGAAGGCCAGGUUAUGCAUCCUGCUGCACCCGUUGCUUCUGAUACCUUGGCUGUCCAAGUUGUUCCAUCUGAUUCUGCUGCCGCAGAAGUACCUCCCCAGCCCUCCACUUCUACUGCUGCUGCUUCCGAAGAAGCUGCAAGGAAUGUCUAAAACAGCAUUGAUUGAAUUAAUCAUUGAGGAGGCAGUGACAGCGAAUCUUAAAACAUUAAGGCGGAUAAGUAAAGGGCGUGUUACUUUGAUUUUUGUUCAUUUUAUCGGUUGGAACUUAAAUUAUCUGUUGUACCUAUUAAAUAGAAACUGAUAACUAGAAUGUGUAUGUAGUCAUCCUGAUUGUGAUGAAAGAGAAAAACAUGCAAUCACCUACUUAAGAAAAUCUAUGACAGAAUGAUAAAAAACAUGUCAUUAACACUAGCACUUGUUUGUGCCUUUCAGCAUUUCUUACACUGGAAUAAUGAUUUUUAUUUUUUUAUGAUAAUGGAAGAGUACUGAAUGUUGUGGAAUGUGAUGAAUGAAAUGAAGGAUAGGUAACCUAAAUGCUGUGCAAUAACCCCUACGUCAUGAAAGUAGCAAAUCUCACCACAGCGUGAAGCAGAAGCAUGAAUACUUAAUCUGCUUGUUAGUUAGAGAUAAGGUUACUGAAUUUUCUUUAGGAGCUUCCUACGUUUUUACGGAGUUCUCUUAAUAUAUAUUGAAAAGGGGGGAAAUAAGCAAAGAACUGUGUGGAUUUCAAUAACUUUGGUUGGUUAGUUGGUUAUUAUUUGUGUUACUGUAGUUUAGCCCAGGAUUUUUAUAUUUUCAGCUUGAGAGUGAAUGACAUGGUUUUUUAAUUAAAACUCAUAAUCUCCCUUUCUUCUUGAAAUUUCCUUAAUCAAUAGUAACAACACUUUGUUUAUUCCACUCUGCGUUUUAGAUUGGAAUUUGGACCGGGUGUCAGUUAAUUACCAUGCUAAUUAAGUGUUAGCAUUCUUUUGUGAUAACGAAGCCUCAUUGAGAAUAUGCGGCUAAGCCAUCUUGGUUAACAUCCAAAGAGAUUUAGUUUCAUGCACACAUUUUAAGACUGUUGUUCCUUUAACUAUGUGAGUAUUUAAGUUUAGUUUACUUGUUUUGGAAAAGGUAUUGAUGUUAAGCAGUAAUAGUUUGAAGUGCUUCCCCAUGCAGAUUUGCAAUUUACUUGUCCUUGACUCUCAAGUUUACUAUACAGAUCGCAACCAUCAUUACUUUCUGUAAAUUUUGACCUUUUCAAAAAAGAAAAGCUUGUUGGGUUGUUCUUUAUUUUGUGGUAUCUUUCUGUCCUGACGAUAAAGUUUAAUUUGGUCUUGAGGCAAGUACUGCAGAGAAGUGAGGUAAAUUAAUGCCAGUUUCAUUAAAUUUGAAGCAAUGCACCAUUUCUUGAAAUAGUGUCCUUUCUUUAUUCUAUGUGCUGUAUUAUGACAUAGCAUCUGUCUGUUUGGUCUCUGUAUUUAGAAGUUAAUUAGGCCUUUACUCAUGUGGGAAAUACUUUUAGAAUCAUAAGAUUUUGCUUAGACAGCUGUAGUCUCUUUGUCUUGUAUAGCCUUUGUCAUGUGUGUGGCAACUCAUAAUGUCAAAACUAAAAAAAAAAUUAAAGAACAAAAAAUAUUA